AUGCAGAAUCAUCAACCUCUAGUCGGAAAUUGGGACACCUCCACGGCGAUGCAUCCACCAAAUCCUCCCCCACCAUUGAGGAAGAAGUCAAGUAUGAUAGAUCGCCUAAGGGUUCUCCGCCCCAGGCCAUCUGUUCAAGCACUAAACUCCCAACACAUUGAGCAUCCGACUGGUAAAUCUGUACCAUAUGUUCCAAAACAUGCCGCAUCGGACUUUUCACGUAUUCGUGUAAACCCACGAAGUCGCGAAAGCACAACCGUGGGUGGAUCACUCAGCAGUAGGAGCAUAGGGGAGACAGAUGGCAGACAGGCACUAUUGGCCGACAACCCAACAAAGCUCUGGUCCAUCGCCGACCAGAUCGUCGAAGACGAACCGACAAAAACUAUUGCUCGCAAGCAUACUGUCUAUCCGCAUAAUCAAACCGAAAAAAUUACACCAUUCGCAAAUGAACAACAUACUCGCCCAUGCACUCCAGAUUUACAAACCAGGUCAGGUGACUCCCCGAGUCCAGCUUCUACCGAGUACUCGUUGUGUCGAUAUGAUUCGGGUAUUGUGUCGCCCCUCUCAACCACGUCGCCAAGAGACGCGCAGCGAUACACAACGCUCGACGACGUCAUGCAUUCAUCCCCAUCACAGUCCCGUUCAAAACACGUCCUUGCGUGUGAAAAAGAAUCAUCAAACAACAAGCAAGCCAUCGUCAUAGAGACACCCCGCAAGGAGAUCAAUGCCAGAAUAUCGACUCCAACCACCAGCCCACGGGAGAAAAUCUCCAGUGACUAUCAGCUCUUUCUAGAGCAAGCUGCGCAGAAGCAUCAGAGACAGCAUGAGCAAAUGUGGCGCAAGCUAGCCACCCCGGACGGACAAGUCGUGUAUACGACCAACACAGCACUCCACGAGGACGAACCCAGAUGGAAUCGGUCAGGAGGAGCUCAGCCUACCGCCCAGGUCCAGCAGCCGCAUCACCAUGGCGGAGCUGGCAAGGAAAGAUCCAGUCUAGGUGGCAGCAGCAGCAACGUGUUUGGACAGAAGGAGAAGGCAGCGGAGAACAGACGAGGUGGGCGUGGUCUUGGCAGGAGAAUCUCACAGUAUCUACGGCCGACAAGGGAGAGCGAUGUAUGGGAUGAGAAGGUAUUGAGACUCAGUAGUCGGGAUGUGUGA